AUGAAGCAAAUGUUGGAGAGCCGUGGUCAUCAAGCCAAACAGGUUUAUGAGUGGUUGUCAUCUUUGUCUACCCUAUCAGAAGGCAAGGAAAUGAAGCCGUUUUCCUAUGAAGAUCCUAAUUUAAAGAAAAACAGGAGAAGCAGGUCCUUUAACUUCACUACCUCUGGUGAUAAUCCACUUAGUGCUCAGGGUGUUGAAGUAGGUCAAAGGUUGCUGGACACCUUAACACAAAGGGAGCAGAAUAUUAUGCAGAAAUUCGCCUCGGAAAUGAAUGACGAAACACUCACUGGAAAUUUUCUGAGGCCCUUUUCGCUUUCAGAUGUUUCUCCUGACACAAAUACUAUUUCAGCUGAAAUACCUUCUAGCGAGAAACCUAGUAAGGGCACUGAAACACCACCAAAACCAACAAUACAGAAAAGUAGUCUUCCAAAAGAUUUAGCAAAAGUCUUCACCAGCAUUGGACAACGCAAUCUGCUAAAGGAACAGAAAAAUGCGAUUGCGGAAAAGGAUUUAUAA